CGGGGGAGCCUAUUCAUAGCAGCACCUGAACCGCAACAGUAGGGUUGUGUCGCGCCGCGGGCGCUUGGUUGCCAAGGUUGCGGCGGGGGUGCCCCCGAGGCGGGCGCGUGGGGUGCCGGGGCUCUCUGGCUCGCGCCUAAAAAGCCGACGCCCCCGCCUCCAUCGCCAUGGCUUCUGGCGGUGCGGGCAUGAGCGAGCGCGAACAGAGCGGCUGCCAGGAGCUGUUGGAGCUGCUUGAUAACGACGACCUGAUGGCCUUAACGGACACAGUGACCAAUCGCCUUGUGCAGCCAGAGAGUCGCCAAGAAGCCAUACGUGCCAUCUUAGUGUACAGUCAAAGUGUGGAAGAACUACUGAAGAGAAAAAAAGUCUUUAGAGAUAUGAUCUUUAAGUACUUGGCAUCAAAAGGCAUUAUAGUGCCUCCUUCUUCUGAGAAGCAUCAACUUAUACAUCAUGCAAAACACUACUGGUGUGAACAGUUGCAGGGUUGCGACACGGGAUUAAAACAUGACAAUCCUAAUAUAGAGAUACCUGAACAGGAAGGGAAACGAGGAGAAAAACAAGGAGUGGAGCAAGAAGAAGGCAACAAAGAGUGUCACAGCCUGGGACAAGAAUUUUGUCAGUGGUUCUUUGCUAUUCUGAAUUCUCAAAAUCCACUGUGUGGAGAACCACCUGAAGAAUGGGGACCACAGCACUUCUGUGAUGAUGUAAUACUAAAGUUUUGUUACAACACCUCAGAACAAAAUGUAGAAGAGUAUUUAGGUGCAGAAUUGGUGAGCCUCCGUUUACUGUCGUUGGUGAAAGAAGAAUAUCUCUACCUGAACCCCAAUUUGAAUUCUGAUGGCCUGAAGUGUGUAUCUUCACGGCAUGGGUUAGUUGUGGUGGCAAUAGCUGGCACAAUUCAUCGAAGUACUUGUUGCUUGGGCAUCUUUGAGCAAAUCUUUGGCCUCAUCCGCUGCCCAUUUAAGGAGAACACUUGGAAAAUUAAGUCUGUGCAUCUAAAAAUUGUUGGUCAGAGUGUCUUGAAAUCUGGGACUCCUGUGGAAAGACCGUGCAUAAAAUAUGAGAAAGAAGAACUCCAGGAGCUUGCCUUGAUUGAACCCCACAGAUUGUGAGGAGAAUGAAGGACAAAGGUUUGUUGGCCACGGAAAGUACAGUACACGAUAAUACUUGAGCAUUCAAAUGUAUUGUGUGCUUCUGUUUCUUGAGUCAGACUUUUUGAUUGGAUGACAAGCCAAAAUAUUAUCUUGAAUUGGCAGUUGUUGGGUAGACCUUAGUAUCCUGGAGGCUACAAAAUGGCACUUUAUUUGCCCACCCAGAAGUAAAAAAAGAAUAGAAGAUGAGAAAACACUCAUUUUCUCUCCUUCCCAUAAGUCUUCCUUUUCCUAUCCUUCCCCCCAUCCCUAUGCACUGAACAACACUGUGGAACUAAAUAAAUCAAAGAAUUUGCAAACAAAAGAAUGGAUGUAAAAUUUGGACAGGCCCUUCCCUGAUUAAAGUUGUCUCAUCUGAGAAUAGGAGAGGGACGAAGAGAAGAUGGAGUGAUAGGAAUGUGAGGCUACUGUUGGCUGCGUAUGCUUCCUAGUUGAGGAAAGAGAUCUAUAAGGAAUAUUAUGUAAGAAUCUCUAGAGUAGUUCCUUCGCUUUAUAUCUGUUGCUGGUCUUCAGUUUGCACUUGUUAAUAAUUUUCUUUAAAACUUUUUAUCUUCAUAAGGAAAAUAUUUACCCAGUAUAUUUAAGGAUGUAUAAUGUAAAAACCUUUAUUUAAAACUUCCCAAAUCCUAAAUCUCAGGGUUGUACAUAACAAAGUAUUUUGUUUAAUUUUAGAAUAUUGAAAUGCUGUAUUAUUGUGAGAUUAUCCAACUGGAACUUUGUACAAAAUUUCUUUUUAGGUAGUGUAACUAUUUCGUUUCCUCAAAAUUGUAACUACAGUUCAUUGUUUAGAAAGGGUAAAUAAAAAGUUAAUAACAGCCAA